AUGCACCCGCACCCACACCCGAUCCUGCUCGCCCGCAAUGCCAUUGGGCAUGUCCUCAUGGUGGGGGAGAUAACAGACGAGCUGUGGCAAGUCUACCAGGUGCUCAAUUCGUGGAUCACCGACCUUGGGGGGGGUGAUGCGGCGGCAAGAGAGCAAGAAAGGGGCUGCAAACGGGGGGCAUCUCACGCAUCCCGGCAAGCCGCAGCCAACAAGCACCCGAGACAUGAAGCAGUAGAGGGGCAGAGUCCACAUGGGGGCGACAUGGCGGCGAUGGCGCCGGUGGGAGAUGCAGCGCCUCUGGGGCAAGAUCGUGAUAGUGGCAGCCAGAAGAACGAGACAGACGGCCUGGAUGGGGGCGAACGAGACCUGACGAACGCGAUGAACGCGGAGAACGUCCUGGGCGGUGCAGUUGGACCGGGGCAUGAUCGUGACUCUGGCAACCCGAAGACCGAAGCCAACCACCUGGAUGGGGGGGCAACGUCCCACGAGCCGGCGGAUACAUGUGAGACGCUGGAGUGGCCGCCCGGGGGCGAAGCGUUUGGCGCGGAGAGCGGCGAGGGGCUACAGCGAGAUCGAGAGCUACUGAGUGAUGGGGAGCAGAACUCCUCUGAUGAUGAGCAUAGGAGACGUAGGCUGCUGGGAACAGGAGCCACAACACUCACGCACCCUCCUAGGGGAACCUACUAG